AUGUCCACUAGGCGAAGAAUCGGCGUCAGCAUCGCAACGACGGAGGCUGCAAGACGCCAACUCAUGCAGCCAGUCGUUUGCUGGGAGAAAGUAUGGACCGUUCCAGAAAAUGCUGCUCCAAAUUCUUCUGUGAAGAUCUACAAGUGGGUGAAGACGGACAAAAAACAACAAUUUAGUGACGAUGAAGGAGAAGUGGACGAACCACUGGCGCCCCUUCCUGACGAACCUGAAAUAGUAGAAGGAGACGAAGAGAUGGACCAAGACGAGCCAGUUGCCUCUGUAGCUCGCGAUGCGUUAGCGCCUGUGGUGGACACGGAGACAAACUCAGUUAAUCAGGAAAUUCCGUCAGAACCUCAAACCAAACCAUCCUCGCCGACACCUCCUACACUUUCGCUCCAAGCUGCUGAACCUAUAUUGGUCGCAGAGGAAGUUGCAGACAUGUUGGACGAAUCGCUCAAAGCUCUCGAUGGCAACGUGGAUAUCGAAAUCGGUCCACACGAGAACGUCAAUCCUGAAGACGUCGGAGACCUGGAUAUGACGGUGCUCGGACCUGAUGGAACUGCGUUUGAAAGCGUCCAUGAUCUCAGUCAAAUGGAAAACGGCGACGCAUUAUUGGGCGGGCCUCUCAUGGAUCACACAGUUGAUCCAUUCGCCGUAAACCUGGAUAAUGAUGAAUCUGUUGAGGGAGCAGCUCCAUGA